AGAUGAGGAACAUGGCGGCGUUGUACAAGGUUGUAAGAGGCGUGAGGUGCAGUGGAACUUUAUUUAACAGCAUUCAGUAUAAUAAUAAUAAAAAUUAUAUAAAAAUAAAUCAUCUUGUGAGGUAUCAGUUCUGCACUGAUGCUGAUAGUGAAGGAAAACAGGAGGAGAAACACAGAGGAGGAUUCGCUAAUGCUUAUCAGUUACAUUCAGAACUCAAACUACAACAGAACCAGGGACAGAGGACGAGAACUCGUACCCGUUCCUCUGAUGAUGGCCAGUCGUUUGCAGCCAUGCUGCGUAACUCUGCGUUCAUGCAGAUGGGUCCAGCUAAAGACAAGAUUGUGAUCGGUAGGAUCUUUCACGUGGUGCAGGAUGAUCUGUACAUCGACUUUGGAGGAAAGUUCCACUGUGUGUGUAAGCGCCCGGACGCGGACGGCGAGAAAUACCGACGAGGCAGCCGUGUCCGUCUCCGCCUGGAGGAUCUGGAACUGACCUCACGGUUCCUCGGGGCCAACAAGGAUACCACCCUGCUGGAGGCAGAAGCCGCCACCCUGCUCGGUCUGAUCGAGACUAAAGACGCUAAAGAGAAAGAGUGAUGAUACCAACCAUGAGGAUUCGUCAUUAUUGUGUUUGGAUAAAUGAAAUGACGAUGGUUUUGUUUAACAUUUUGCACGUGCAGAAGGUGGACUGACAUAAUAAAUAAAUGUAUUUAUAAGUG